AUGAAUAUCACAGAAUUUAUUAUUUUGGGUUUUGGAAAAUUUGGACAAUGGCAGUCUAUUCUUUUUUUUACUUUUCUAGUGUUUUAUAUUGUAGCCAUGGCUGGGAAUAUUCUCAUUGUAAUUUUAGUUGCUGUUGAUCAACAUCUUCAUACACCCAUGUAUUUCUUCCUGGGAAAUUUGUCAUGCCUGGAAACUUGCUAUAUUUCAAAUAUUUUACCCAAGAUGAUGGUCGGCUUAUUGACUGAUGAAAAUACCAUUUCAUUCAAUGGUUGUUUUUUGCAAUUUUUUUGGUUUGGUUUGCUAGUGGCUACUGAAUGUUAUCUCCUAUCUGUAAUGUCAUAUGAUCGAUAUUUAGCAAUAUGCAAACCAUUGCAUUAUACAACAAGUAUGAAUGCUCGGAUUUGUAUCCAGCUAGCAGUUUCUUCAUGGAUAAAUGGCCUUAUAGCUGCUUUGAUCCUUUUAAGUUUAAUGCUACAACUUACAUUCUGUGGUCAAAAUGAAAUUGAUCACUAUUUUUGUGACACUCUUCCAUUAAUGAAACUUUCCUGCAGUGAUACCAGCUUGGUAGAACUUACAAGUUUUAUCUUUACCUUUGCAUUUACACUACCUCCUUUUGUCCUUACCAUGACUUCCUAUAUAUACAUCAUAAUUACUAUCUUGAGAAUUCCUUCCACUAUUGGGAGGAAAAAAGCCUUUUCCACUUGCUCAUCUCAUCUGAUAGUAGUUUCUAUGUUUUAUGGAGCCAUCAUGAUUGUAUAUUUGUUACCAAAAUCUGAAGCACUUAGUGAGGUUAGAAAAAUAUUUUCUCUAUUAUAUACAGUCCUUCCCCCUGUUGCAAAUCCUCUCAUUUACAGCCUGAGAAAUAAGGAGGUGAAGGAUGCCAUUAAGAAGACAUCAAGAAAGUUUAUAUCAUUUAGGUUUUAA